UCCAAUCUUCCUAAAGCAAAUUAUACUCUUGAUUUCAUUUUUUGUAAAAAAAAAAGGGAACCGUAGCAGCAGCUUGAGAGGGUGUUUUGAGGAUUAAAUGAGGUGUGGUAUGCAAAGUGCCUGGCUGGGAGCCAGGUGGGCUUCUAACAAAUGUUACACUGCCUCUUUUUAUUACCUAGCACCCGCGACCUUGUACAGCAAACUGGAUUGUUAUUUCAUUCAACUUCAAGAGGUAUAGGUAUGAAAAUACCCAAAAUGGGCAGGAGAUAUCAGUGAGUCAUAACGGCAUGGCGUGGACCCGGAACACAGGCGUUCCGGUGGGCCCAGCCGUGCAGUACCCAGGUGACACACUCAGGCCAGAGUUCAGAACUCAGAACAGUUCCGGACCGCGCCUACUACUGGGAGAACACGAAAGUCAGGACUGUUCUCGGCUCUUUGCAGCCCGCUGGGCCAUCGAGGGCCACGCCCCAAAAGUCUGUUUCUUCCUGUGUAAAAUGGGGCUUCAAUGCACGUCGGUGUGAGUGGUUUUCAUUUUCCGCACUCUUUGCGGUGUGGUCACAUAUUCUACAUCGCUGUUGUAGUCAACUCACUGCAGAGGAAGCAGCGGUCCUGACCGCUCUGCCCCGGAUGAGUACCCACACUUGUCGGGGUCCCAAGAAUCGGCUGCCGCGGCCGGCCGGGGGCAGUCAGAGUUCGGAAAGUCACUUCACAUCCCUGUAAGACUUUACACUAGCUGCUAGCACUGAGUGAGCACCAAUGCCCCGCCCAUUGACUAGUGUGGGGGCGGGGCCCAGCCUGGCCUGGGGGCGUAACCAGCAGGGUGGGCGGGGCCGCCCGAGAAGGCGGAAGCCUUCUGUCCCUGGGCGGCGGCAGAACCAGGAGUCCGGAUUUUCACGUUCUCCGGAGCGGGGCGCCGGAGACGGCGGAUGGCAAAACCCGGCGCCCGGAAACCCUUGCUUUCUUUGACGCAAAGGCUCGGGACCCAGAAGCCGCCGUCUGCCCAGUGCCGGGUCAGAAGCGACCCCAGACGGAGCCUCUGAAGUCCCUCCGCCCCUGAGCCUCGGCCGUCCCCGCCGCCGUCCUCGUGGCCAUGGAGUGUCCGCACCUCAGCUCCAGCGUCUGCAUCGCCCCGGACUCAGCCAAGUUCCCCAACGGCUCCCCGUCGUCCUGGUGCUGCAGCGUGUGCAGGUCCAACAAAAGCCCCUGGGUCUGUUUGACUUGUUCAAGUGUCCACUGUGGAAGGUAUGUGAAUGGCCAUGCAAAAAAACAUUAUGAAGACGCACAGAUACCCUUACUCAACCAUAAGAGAUCAGAAAAGCAGGAGAAAGCUCAGCAUACAGUGUGUAUGGAUUGCAGUAGCUACAGCACAUACUGUUAUCGCUGUGACGAUUUUGUGGUCAAUGACACCAAGCUGGGCCUGGUACAGAAAGUGAGAGAACACUUACAGAACUUGGAAAACUCAGCCUUUACAGCUGACAGGCACAGAAAAAGAAAAUUAUUGGAAAACUCAUCACUAAACAGCAAGUUAUUAAAAGUAAAUGGAAGUACGACUGCCAUUUGUGCCACAGGCCUUCGAAAUUUGGGCAACACUUGUUUCAUGAAUGCUAUCCUUCAGUCACUCAGUAACAUUGAGCAGUUUUGCUGUUAUUUCAAAGAACUGCCUGCUGUGGAGUUAAGGAAUGGGAAAACAGCAGGAAGGCGAACAUACCACACCAGGAGCCAAGGGGACAGCAAUGUGUCUUUAGUAGAAGAGUUUAGAAAGACACUGUGUGCUUUAUGGCAAGGCAGCCAGACUGCAUUUAGUCCUGAGUCCUUGUUUUAUGUUGUCUGGAAGAUCAUGCCUAACUUUAGGGGUUAUCAGCAGCAGGAUGCCCAUGAAUUCAUGCGCUACCUUUUGGAUCAUCUACACUUAGAACUUCAGGGUGGCUUCAAUGGUGUUUCCCGCUCAGCAAUUCUACAGGAGAAUUCUACACUGUCUGCAAGUAACAAAUGCUGCAUAAAUGGAGCAUCAACUGUUGUCACAGCAAUAUUUGGAGGAAUUCUCCAGAACGAGGUCAACUGCCUCAUAUGUGGGACAGAGUCGAGGAAGUUUGAUCCAUUCCUAGAUCUCUCCUUAGAUAUUCCAAGUCAGUUCAGAAGCAAGCGUUCUAAGAAUCAGGAAAAUGGGCCAGUUUGCUCCUUAAGAGAUUGUCUUCGCAGCUUCACUGACCUAGAGGAACUUGAUGAGACAGAGUUGUAUAUGUGCCAUAAGUGCAAAAAGAAACAAAAGUCCACAAAGAAGUUUUGGAUUCAAAAACUUCCCAAGGCGCUGUGCUUGCACCUGAAAAGGUUUCACUGGACAGCGUAUUUAAGAAACAAAGUCGAUACAUACGUUCAAUUUCCACUGAGAGGCCUGGACAUGAAGUGCUACCUACUAGAGCCGGAGAACAGUGGUCCAGACAGUUGCCUGUAUGACCUCGCUGCUGUGGUUGUACACCAUGGCUCUGGGGUUGGUUCUGGACAUUACACAGCAUAUGCAGUCCACGAAGGCCGCUGGUUCCAUUUCAAUGACAGCACUGUGACAGUGACUGAUGAGGAGACCGUUGGGAAGGCAAAGGCCUACAUCCUGUUUUAUGUGGAGCGUCAGGCCAGAGCUGGAGCAGAAAAACUGUAAUACCUCCUGACCACGAUUCAUCAACUACACCGGACAACAUUUCCAUUUUCCAUAAAUACUUGAUCCGAGAGUCAAAUUUCAGUAUGCACUUUUCAAUUUCCAGUUUGGGGUUUAGUUUGGUCAGUGGUAGUGACUUACCCAACAUGGCACCAACUAAUUUUUGUUGUUGUUCUACCAGAAAACCUCAGCAGGCAUUUUGAUUGGCUGCUUUAGUUGUAAUAAUUCAAUUUUUAUAUGUAGUUUCCAGAACUUAGUUCUGUUUGACUUUUUAUAUUAAUGUUUUCAGUUUUCACCGAGGCACAUUUGCAUUUGCUCUAUACUCACAUGCUGAGAGCCACCCUGACUGCCGUCUUCAUAGCAGCCAGGUCAGCGACUCCAUCGUGAGGAUCGUGUGUGCAGGUCUGUGGCCCACCGGUUUCACAGUGACUGCUCAGGAAUUCCUUCUGACUGUAGGCAGUAGUAGCUGAAGGUCAGUAGACCAGGCCAUCACCACUGCCUGUGUCUCAGGGUUGCUGUUUCUCAGCAUUAAAUAAAUCUGUCAGUUCCGUUGCAUCUGUGCUAAAGUUCCAGAAUUGCUCUAUUUCUUGUUUCUGGUCUUCUUUUAAUAUUUUCUUGGGGGCAGACAGGCUAGGAACACUGACAAGUGCAAAUAAGUGUUUAAAAGCCCUGCGAUUCAGCUGCAUGGUAGAGGUAUGUCCUGUGUGUGGAUCUGUCUGACCAUCAAAGGUGAGAUCUUACCCUCCAGACCUGACUUCCAGGCAGAAGUGGAGUCAUAGAAGCUCUGGGUUUUAAUUCACUCCCUGCCUGAAGCAGAACCAGGUGAAAGCAUUGUCUCUGAACAAGAAUAGUUUUUAUUAAAUUCAGUAGCUUAAAAAAUACUGUUCACAGAAAUAGGUUAGAAGCACUAUUUGGAUUCAACCCAAAUUGAAAUUUGGACCAUUUAAAGAAGGCAGCUAGUGGCAAAUGCUGGAGGCCAGUGAUUGAGUUUGCAGGUAUUGAAACCUGUAAGUCAGAGUGUACAACUCCAACACAGCCUGUUCCACAUCUACCUCCUCGAGGGACAAAGUGCACUUCAUGCAGACUUUUUAGUAAUCUUAUUUUUUCUAUUAAAAGUAAGUUUGGUAGCUUUCCUUGGCCAGUGAAGUUGAUGGAGAUGUGGCUCAAUUCCACUUUAAUAUUAGCUAGAGAAAUCUUCAUUCUCUCAGAACAGAAAUCACAUACUGGAUCAGCACCUUAAUACACUAACUUGAAUCCCUCAGUACAACGACCAUGUGACUAGUGUGUCCUUGGUCACACUAGUUAUGUCAGGGCUGGGUACAGGACAGUGCAUUGCAAGUACCUUUCCAUAGGGUUCUCUCGCACAACACGGGUCUAAACUUUAUGCAGAACAACAAAGCUGUGACAUGUGUAAGCACUACAGCUUAGAUUUAGUGCAGGAAGAGGAACUGUGCUGAGUUCUAUGAGGUAGAGGCAUGUGCAGUUCUAGUAGUCUGCUGAUUUGAGCCACAGAUGGAGGAUUGAAUGCUUUGCUCUAAUAUAUCAGAACUGUGAUAACAUCCCAGCUAAGCCUAAAUGAGUCUCAUCUAACGUUGCACACAGCUCCUACUAAUCCAGGCUCCUCUGGCAUUUAUAUCUUUGCCUCUGACUGGGCAACUGUAAUGACUUACACAACACGCAGACAGAGCUGGCACUGUCAGGCCAGGUGGAACAGCAGCAGACUGGGCUGUGGGGAGAGUGGUCAUUAGACAGGCCACACUGGCACACAAGGGGAUGAAUCAUCUCUGGAACUUUUGUAGCAGCUUUAUUGCUUGGUUUUACUUCAGCAGCAAUGGCUAAGUGACACCAUGAAGACUCUCUGAGAAAGUGACUGCACCCAUAUACAGUGCCCAUCUGAACACCCAUGAUGAAGUACAUGUGCCUAUUUGUUUUAAAUCUAGCCUUACUGCAGCGGUUACAGGCUUCUCUCUGUGCUGUCUAGGGCUUUCCCACGUGUGUUCUAACCUGCAUGCAACUUUGCUCAGAGCAUAUGCUGAGGCAGGGCCUCACGCAUAUCCUGUCCACAGCCAUGGCAACAGGAAACUCCAAGUCCUCCCACACAGGUGGGGAUAGAAACAGUUUGUGGCAACACAAGUCUCUCCAUGGUGGAGAACCCUAAGCUUAUCCACUGUAUUCUACUCAGUGUGUAGUGACAGAUGAUGUAAUUAAACCAGUCAUAUGCGCUG